AUGCUUUUGGUUGUAGCUAUAUCAGCUCUCUUUUGUUGUGGUGCUUUGAUUCUCUCCUUUAGUCUCGCCCGCAGAUUAAACGAGCUAUUCACACUCAUCAAUAAAACACCACGGAAACCUAAUUAUGACUGCGAUUUGACUAACUCUUGGUAUCUUGUAGCCAAUGGAAGCUCUAGGGUUGGAAGAAAGGUAUUGCUUGUUUUGGCAGAAAGAGGUGCACAUUUGUAUUUGAUGCAUUCUUCAGAGGAGAAGAAGAUGUAUAAGAAAUUAGCAUCCAAUUUGAGACGAAGAGCCAAACAUUGCACAGUGACCCUAAAAACUUGCGAUUUGCUGCUGCAAAAAAGCAUUGACUUUUUUGCAAGCAGGAUCAUGUCCAAGUUGCAAGGCAAAUUUACUGGCUUCUUGUAUUUCACCACAGAGAGCAAUUCUUCGGACUCGAGUGUUUCGGAAGUCUUCCAUUUGAUGAAUAGAAUCCGGCGGUUUAUAUUCUAUCGUCCAGAUAUGCCAAGACCUCGUGUCGUUUUUGCCUCAAAUUUAGGCGCAAGUCCCUUCUCCCGAGAUCAAAGGUGGGAUAGAGCCUUGACUUGUUUGGAACACUGGCAAGACACUAAGCGCUAUUUUGGUUUUUAUUGUACUGCUUCUUACCCUCAAGUCACUUUUGCGAACACAGGAUGUAUCUGGAAUGGCUCAGAAUCUUCCUUCGCGUUUAUCGUCCAUUGGCUCUGCCACAAGAUCAACGUGAGAAUGCCGUGCCAACAAGAAGAACAUUCUGUUUUGUUUGCACUACUACUGAAAGAAAAGGAGAAUGUGUGUGGCAUAUACUUUGUGAAUGAUAGCGAGUGGUGUAAAGCGCCCCAAUUUGAAAGAUUAGGCGAAUACGGCAAGAAGAUUUUAAACUACAUACCAAACACAAAACCUGAAGGAGAUGCUCUACGUGGUUCGUCAAUGGUGAAAUACUUCGGAGAGGAGCCGAAGUUGAGUCCCAAAGAAAAAUCAGCCAAAAACAACAUCCUAAUGUUCAAGGAAUUACCAAUGAAUGAAUCCCUCGAAUUGAGUGAUAUGGAUCGGAUUAUGACACGUCUUUUUUAUUCUUGA